AUGGAACUUCGGAACCUGAAAGCGCGAAGUGAAGCCCAUCAAGCACUCAUUCGCACUAUCGACGUCAGUCCAGAUCGUGCUUGCGAGUCGAUAUCGCCAGAACCUCGCAGCAAAUGGAAGACCACUGUAUCCAUCGGGGCCGCUCUAGCUACCGUGGUGCUGGCUACCAACAUUGCAAUUCUUGCCUGGGUUAGAAGCUCUGCCAUCAAUCAAGAUGGCGUGGCUACGGUCUUUGAGGGCUCCUGCGACGUCACGGAGAAGGCUGUCACUGGCGCGCAUCUGGCUAUCAACGUCCUCAGUACGCUCUUACUAGGCGCGAGCAAUCAUAAUGCGCAGCUUUUAUCUGCACCCACUAGGCAGGACCUCGACCGCCAACAUGCCCGUGGGUCAUGGCUCGACGUCGGUGUGUCGAGUGUCCGGAAUCUUCGACACACUCCAAGGUGGCGCACGGUAAUCUGGGCGACCCUCCUCAUGAGUACCAUACCGCUCCACCUCCUAUACAACUCCGUAGUCUUCACCACCCGCUCCGCUGUCAAUUACCAAGCCGCUCUCGUCACCAAAGACUUUCUCACAGGUGGCUGGUGGAGUACCUACACUGCUGCGAGUGUCCAAUUCUUCGAGACGCCACAACUCAUUCAAACCCAGAAGAAUGCCGAAAACCUCAUUCGUCUCGACCCAGCUACUUGUCUCAAAGUCUAUGGAAGCUCCAUGUACGAAACACAGUGGCGGAAUCUGCUGGUCAUCACCUCUCUUCCAAGCACGAACAGCAGUCUUCUCCACGUAUACACGCAUCAAGUCGGCGAUCCAGAUAACGAUAUUGCAUGGGUCUGCCAUGGAGACAUCCACAACUUUGAUUCGCCGACACACUCGGCUUGUAGUCCCGGCUUCCUCCGCGCAGCUGGUGGGUCGUGGUCGAUUCCCAGUGUUACCGCUUGUCCUAUCGAUUACUCGGGAGGUGGCUGGCAGAAUGUCUUCAACGGCUCAGAUGUAUGUGAGGACGAGAACAGGAGGCUGAUCAAGUACGAUGCGCCGGUGGAGUACUGUCUUGCGGAACCAUUCCAGCCGCAUUGCACGGUCGGUAUCAGUACCGACCUACUCAUAACGGUGGUUGUCUGCAAUAUACUGAAGGUUAUAUGUAUGCUUGCUACGCUUGGCGCCCGCGACUUCAGGCCACUAGCUACCGUUGGUGAUGCUAUUGCUUCAUUUCUGGAAAGACCUGAUCGAGCGACUUCUGGGAAAGGUGCUCUCGAGGUCGGAGCUGUUAGCUCGGGUGUAUGGCGGGAGCUGGACAGAUAUGCACCGCUACCUUGGACAAGAAAUAAGAGACGGUGGUGGUAUGCUAUACCACGGAUACAGCUGAAUCUGAUAUUCUUAUGCUUCUUCCUUGGCUGGCUCGCAGCUAUCAUUGCUCUCGUCAAGAGCGUGAAUUCCACCAGCUCCUUUUCCACCUUCGGCGCCAUCGAUACGACUAACAUCGUCACCAGCAGUCUCAACGCUAGUCUGGUUGCUAAUGUUGUGCUAGCCAAUACUCCUCAAUUGCUCAUCAGCUUCAUCUAUGUCUUCUACAACGAUGCCUUCACGCGGAUGCUCAUGAGUCAUGAAUACUCGCAAUUCGCUACUACUCGAAAGAGUCUGCGAGUUACGAGGCCACGUGGCCAGCAGCGAUCGACAUACUGGUUGCAGCUACCCUUUCGGUACAUCGUCCCCAUGAUGUCGCUGAUGGUCCUCCUGCACUGGCUUGUCUCACGAAGUCUCUUCUUGGUCCGCAUCCGCGUGUAUGAUAUUGCUGGUCUCCGCGCUCCAGACCAAGACAUCUAUGGUUGCGGCUUCUCACCGCUGGCUAUCUUGCUGGCGCUUUGUGUGGGAACGAUUUUGAUUGUGGUACUCGUGGUGUUGGGACGUUGGAGGUCCAUUGAGGCUGGUAUGCCAGCGGCGACCUCUUGCUCUGUAGCUAUUAGUGCUGCGGCACAUCCGGCGGAGGACGAGGGUGAGGAUGUCGCGCUAUUGCCGCUACAAUAUGGUGUGGUUUCUGGAACAGCGUCUUAUGGCGACGUUUCGCUCAUGAGCACUCAUGGACACGGCGCUCGCAGAUCCAAAGCUGGUACUGGACGACGGCAGCAUGUGUGCUUCAGGAGUAAGGCAGUCAGACCACUGGAGAAUGGUGUUGUGUACGACUGA